UGUUGUCUCGCUUCACAGGUUACAAGCGUCGCUCUUGCAUGAACCCAAUUUAUUUAAGCUUAGUAAUAAAGGGUCUGAACACAGUAAUUCCCCCUUGCACUCUCUCUCUCUCUCUCUCUGCCCCAACAACCAAACAGAACAGUUUUUUUUUUUUUUUUGGGGUCUUUCCUCUUCUUCUUCGUCUUUUGGUGUUAGCCGUUGAAUGAUUCUCAGUUCGCUUUCGUUCAAAGUAUUGAAUUAGAAUUUAGAAAUGCCCCUCCAUUGACCCUCAAUCCCUCAACUCCUCAAGUCGUCACCUCUUGCGUUUCUCUAUCGUUCUCUUUUUUUCUCAUUCUUCUCUUCAAAUACGAAGACCCAUUAACGGAAUCGAUCCAAAGAUGCUUCUCUUCCCUAUAGUAGGGCGGUUUGCUCCAUCAAAUACACUAUGAGUACUGAUUCUCAGAGCCCAUCUUCAGACGACGUUGACUUCGCUUCUGUCGCCACCGGAGAACUGAAUGGUAGGCACAGUUCAAGGAGCGAUGAUGGAACUCAAACGCCAUCCCCUGGAAGGGUCCCUGAACCGUCCAGGCAUUGGAGAGAUGUUUUCUGGUUGGGGGUAUUCACCGUGCAUUUGGUUGCGUUCGGAGUCUUUCUUGCCGUUGUUGGGUUCAAUAGAUUUAGGAAGGCUGACAGGCUUAACAUUGACAGAUACACAACCGUAAUAGUUGAGAAACGUAAAGGUUUGACCGAGGACUACUGGCCUUCGUACGCAGUUGCAGGGGGUGUUGGUACAAUUCUUGGAUGGGCUUGGUUGCUUUUACUUGGUUCUCGAGCAAAUCAGAUGAUGAAGGUUUCAGUACACAUUUUAACUGCUUACUUGGCUAUUAUAAGUGUGUUGUGCUUCUGGGGUAAACAGUUUUUUUGGGGUAUUGCAUUUGCUAUCGGUUCGUCUCUGCAGUUCUUGUAUGUAAUUUCAGUUAUAGACAGACUUCCCUUUACAAUGCUGGUGUUGCGAAAAGCUGUGAAGCUGAUAUGGAGCCUUCCUGAAGUCAUGCGGGUAGCAUAUGCAUUCAUGGUUGUCAUGUUAUUGUGGAUGGUAAUAUGGUCUUUUGGAGCAUCUGGUGUUGUUGCUUCAAGUUUUGGUGAUGGUGGACGCUGGUGGCUUCUUGCGGUGCUUUCAGUGAGUUUAUUCUGGACAGGUGCUGUCCUUUGUAAUAUAGUUCAUGUUAUAGUAUCUGGAAUGGUGUUUCUUGUCCUCAUCCAUGGUGGUCGAGAAGCUGCAUCAAUGCCACCCAAGCCGUUGACGAAGUCACUACGGUACGCUGUUACAACUUCUUUUGGGAGCAUCUGCUAUGGAUCACUCUUCACUGCUGCUAUCCGGAUGUUGCGGUGGGAGAUAAGAGGUUUCCGCUCCAAGAUUGGCAACAAUGAGUGUUUGCUUUGCUGUGUUGAUUUUUUGUUUCAGCUUGUGGAGACACUUGUUCGUUUUUUCAACAAGUACGCUUAUGUCCAGAUAGCAGUUUCUGGUAAAAGCUUUAAUCGUUCAGCAAGGGAUGCUUGGGAAUUAUUCCAGUCUACCGGUGUCGAGGCACUUGUUGCCUAUGAUUGUUCAGGUGCGGUUCUGCUGAUGGGCACUGUCUUGGGUGGGCUUAUUACGGGAACUUGCGCAGGAAUUUGGACAUGGCUUAAGAUACACGAUAGGGUGCUUAUGGUUGGAUCUACUUCUAUGUUGAUGGGGAUGAUCCUGGUAGGGGUAGCAAUGGUGGUCGUGGAAAGUGCUGUUACAUCCUUGUACAUCUGCUAUGCUGAAGACCCAUUAUUAAUUAACAGAUGGGAUACUGAUUUCUUCAACCAGAUGUCUGAGGUCUUACACCAACGUUUGCAGCACAGAAGCGCACGUGCCAGGGAAGUGCUGACCGAGAUCCACAAUCAGCUUGGUAGCCAAAGACGUGAAUCUAUCUCUGUUUGAGAGCCAACCACAACCUAUUGCAGAGUUCACAAGUGCACGAUGUAACAAAUUCAUUCAAAAUUUAUUCAAAUGGUCUUUAUAAAUGUAUCACAUUGUCCUCCCCCACCCCCUUCUCUUCCGAGGCAAAAGAAAAUCAAAUGUUGCAUUCAUAAUACAAGUUCAUAGAUCUUCAUUCUGUGAGUAGGAUUUUUUAUC